UAAGCUUUGUAUUAUUUGUAUUCGAUGAUACGGUGUGUAAGCGACAUUCUCAAUGCGAACUAGUUUCACUCGGCACUUAAGUGAAAUAUGUUAAGUACAGUUUCCUUCUGAGCUGCCGAGAAACGUGAGAGCUCCAGGGAUGAUUGUCGCCCGCUAUUUAUUGGGAGCAGGCGGAAACCCGACUAUUAUUGAGAAUGGGCUGUAGCGAGAAGUCCAAGUAGUUCCAGGGUUUUAAUGAGAAGGAAAGUGGAGCGCAGUCAGGGAUUGGGAGCUACAAGACAAGCUCCGCUUGGAAGCCGGAGAAAAAAUCCGGAGAGAGAGCCGCGUAUAUAAUUGCUUUCGAAGCCUCCGCCACUCGAGUGCUGGAAUUGUGAGUAUUCUGCGCCUCGGGUCCUGGGACUGAAGUCGGAGAACUCUCCCAGCUAGGAGAGACAACCUUCUCCUGCUCUCCCCACCUGACUCAGGGACUAAACUGCCGCCCUUCCGCUGACCACCAGAUGGAGGGCAAAGGCAGUAGCUGACCAGCGCCGCCCCAUUCCGACCCGAGAGGUGGAGAUCCCCUACCCCGCCCCACCGAGAACAGCCAAAUUCUAUUAUAAUUUUCUCCUCCCGCUUCUCCCACAUUUCCCAUACCCCCUCCUCCUUCCCCUAACCCUCCUCCUUCGAGACAGGGGAGGAGAAAAGGGGAGUUCAGGUCGUCAUGACAGAGCCUAAGGCAAAGGAUUCCCAGACUCUUCACUUGGCGGACGGCGCGCCCUCCCCAACACGGGUCGGAUUGGCUCUGUCGGGACGCCGGGACGCUGGCUCCUUCCAGGAGAGUCAGACCUCGGACGCCUCGCCUGUAGUUUCGGCCAUACCCAUCUCCUUGGACGGGCUGCUCUUCCCUCGGCCCAGUCAGGGACAGGACCCGGACCGGAAGACGCAGGAUCAGCAGCCGCUGUCAGACGUCAAGGCGGCGCAUACCAGAGUUGAAGCCGCAAGCGGUGCAGGAGCUGGCAACUCUAGAACCCCAGAAAAAGACAGAGGGCUGCUGGACAGUGUCUUGGACACGCUACUGGAGCCCUCAGGCCCGGGGCAGAGCCACGCCAGCCCUCCUGCCUGUGAGUCCACUAGCCCUUGGUGCCUGUUUAGCUCCGAGCUUUCCGAAGACCCCCGGGUUGCCUCCACAACCCAGGGGGUGUUAUCCCCGCUCAUGAGCCGGCCAGAGAGCAAGGCUGGCGACAGCUCCGGGACGGCAACUGCCCAUAAAGUGCUGCCCAGGGGACUGUCACCGUCCCGGCAGCUGUUGACUCUGACCUCUGGGAGUCAUCCGUGGCGGGGGGCCGCAGUGAAACCAGCACCGCAGCCGGCUGUGGUGGACGUAGAGGAGGAGGAUGGCUUUGAAUCCGAGGGUUCCGUGGGUCCACCUCUGAAAGGCAAAUCCCGGCCUGUGGGAGGCACGGCAGCUGCAGGAGGAGCUGCGGCCACCUCUCCUGGGGUGGCCUCAGGAGGAGUCACCCUGAUCCCUAAGGAAGAUUCCCGCUUCUUGGCGCCUAAGGUCUCCCUGACCGAGCAGGAGGCGCUAGCGGCGCCCGGGGGCUCCCCGCUGGCCACCACGAUGAUGGAUUUUAUACACGUGCCCAUUCUGCCCCUCAACUCGGCCUUCCUGGCCGCCCGCACCCGGCAGCUGCUGGAAGGAGAGAGCUAUGACGGCGGGGCUGCGGCUGUCAGCACCUUUGCCCCGCCGCGGGGCUCGCCCUCGGGUUCGUCCACACAGGUAGCUGCCGGCGACUUCUCCGACUGUGCAUACCCACCCGACGCGGAGCCCAAGGAUGAUGGGUUCCCGCUUUACGGCGACUUCCAGCCGCCUGCCCUGAAGAUCAAGGAGGAAGAGGAAGGCACCGAGGCAGCGGCGCGCUCUCAGCGGCAGUACCUAGUGAGCGGUCCUAAUCCCGCUGUCUUUCCGGAUUUGCCGCUGGCUCUGCAGCAGCUACCUCCCCGAGCUCCAUCCUCCAGACCCGGGGAAACGGCGGUGACGGCGGCCGCACCCGCCAGUGCCUCUGUCUCCUCGGUGUCCUCGUCGGGGUCGACCCUGGAGUGCAUCUUGUAUAAAGCCGAGGGCACGCCGCCACAGCAGGGCCCGUUUGCUCCGCCGCCCUGCAAGGCGCCAAGCGCAGGCGCAUGCCUGCUGCCCCGGGACAGUGCCUCCACCUCGGCUUCGGCUAUCGCUGCAGGGGUGGCCCCUGCGCUCUACCCGCAGCUCAGCCUCAACGGGCUCCCGCAGCUCGGUUACCAGGCCGCCGUGCUCAAAGAAGGCUUGCCGCAGGUCUACCAGCCUUAUCUCAACUACCUGAGGCCGGAUUCAGAUGCCAGCCAGAGCCCACAGUACAGCUUCGAGUCAUUACCUCAGAAGAUUUGUUUAAUCUGUGGGGAUGAAGCAUCGGGCUGUCAUUAUGGUGUCCUCACCUGUGGGAGCUGUAAGGUCUUCUUUAAAAGGGCAAUGGAAGGGCAGCAUAACUAUUUAUGUGCUGGAAGAAAUGACUGCAUUGUUGACAAAAUCCGCAGAAAAAACUGCCCAGCAUGUCGCCUUAGAAAAUGCUGUCAGGCUGGCAUGGUCCUUGGAGGGCAGCCAGUGGUGGCUGAGGAAUGUGACACAUAUUUACUGAGGGGAGGAGAGCAGGUGGAGAAGGGAUGCAAGGUGCCAGCUUUUGCUUUGCCAAGAUGUCAGGGCUUAUGUCAGAGCUACACUCGAGGUCGAAAGUUUAAAAAGUUCAAUAAAGUCAGAGUUAUGAGAGCACUGGAUGCUGUUGCUCUCCCACAGUCUGUGGGCAUUCCAAAUGAAAGCCAAGCCCUAAGCCAAAGAAUCUCUUUUUCACCAACUCAAGAUAUACAGUUGAUCCCUCCAUUGAUUAACCUGCUAAUGAGCAUUGAACCAGAGGUGAUCUAUGCAGGACAUGACAACACCAAACCUGAUACCUCCAGUUCUUUGCUGACAAGUCUUAACCAACUAGGCGAGCGGCAACUUCUCUCAGUAGUCAAGUGGUCUAAAUCAUUGCCAGGAUUUAGAAAUUUACAUAUUGAUGACCAGAUAACUCUCAUCCAAUACUCUUGGAUGAGCUUAAUGGUGUUUGGACUAGGAUGGAGAUCUUAUAAACAUGUCAGUGGACAGAUGCUAUAUUUUGCACCCGAUUUAAUACUAAAUGAACAGAGGAUGAAGGAAUCAUCAUUUUAUUCAUUAUGCCUCACCAUGUGGCAAAUCCCACAGGAGUUUGUCAAACUUCAAGUUAGCCAAGAAGAGUUCCUGUGUAUGAAAGUAUUGCUACUUCUUAAUACAAUUCCUUUGGAAGGACUAAGAAGUCAAAAUCAGUUUGAAGAGAUGAGAUCAAGCUACAUUAGAGAGCUCAUCAAGGCUAUUGGGUUGAGGCAAAAGGGCGUUGUCUCUAGCUCACAGCGUUUCUACCAACUUACAAAACUUCUUGAUAACUUGCAUGAUCUUGUCAAACAGCUUCAUCUGUACUGCUUGAAUACAUUUAUCCAGUCCCGGGCACUGAGUGUUGAAUUUCCAGAAAUGAUGUCUGAAGUUAUUGCUGCACAGUUACCCAAGAUCUUGGCAGGGAUGGUGAAGCCUCUGCUCUUUCAUAAAAAGUGAAUGCCAUUUUUAUCUUUAAAAAUUAAAUUUUGUGGUAUGUCUGUUUAUCCUUUGGUCAGGAUUAUGAGGUCUUAUGUUUUUACAAUGUCUUCUUAAAGCCUUACAUUUAUAACAUAUAUUGUGUAAAUUUCAGAGAAAAUUGUGAAGUUUUGUUUUCCUUUAUGAAGCAUAAUUAUAAUUUUAAGGUGUUUUAUGUACUUAUAUAUUCACUAACAGUUUACAGGAUUGAAAAAGUACUAAAAUUGAUUGCCAAAGUAAACUUAAUCUUGUCCAUACUAUUUCCUACCAUUUAGAUGAAGAUUUUUAACUUUUGCAUCUAAGGAAUCUACUUUAGAGGAAAAAAAUCUUACAUGUAAAAAUAAAAAGUAAUUAUGUA